UCUACAUCUGAUUCAGCAAUGCGUGGCGGAUCUGCAGCAGCCCGACUCGGGUGUGCACCCGGAUGAGGUGGCUGCGGUCCUCCGGGACCUGGCGCCAGCACCCCUGCUGGCCUGCAUGACGUGCCGGCACCCGCCCAGGGCUGCAUGCAAGGAGCUGGCGAAUCAGGGGGUGCUGCGGGAGUGGAGGUGUCCACAGGCGGGUGCAAGGUACUGCCUCAAUCGGUUGCCUAAUUUGGAUCUAGCCAGGGAGGCCUUCCGUUCUUUGGCGGCCCUAGAGCCUUACGACGAGGCGCGAUUCGGACCCGCCUUGAACAGCGCCUCCACCGCCGCUGCUGCGGCUGCCGCUGCACCCCCGUUGUGGAUAGACGUCGAAAUUGUUAACAACGGAGGCGGCGGUGGGCGCAAAGAGGCGGAGGAGGAGGCAAAGGCGGUGCAACAGCAGGGGGCGCCGCAUGCGAACCACGAGGAGGAAGUGGAAGUGGAGGAGGAGAAGGAGGAGGAGGAGAAAAAGGAGGCAGCAGAUGCCGUGCAGGACGACAGGGGCCUCGGACCGGAUGGUUUCCCCCGGUGGGCUGCAAUUGUCAGUGCACUAGGAGCACAACCUGUGGAAGUGUAUGCGAACGCGGCGCUUGCGGUGCCGGUCAGUGGUGGUAUCAGCGGCAGUGCCGGUGCUGCUGUUGGCGAUGACGGUGGCGGCGAUGCCCCGGCCGCUAAGAGGGCCCGACGUGAGUCGCAGUCGCAGCUGCCACAGCCUGAGGCCCCGCCACUGCGACCCACAGAGCUGGAAGCUGCUAUCCUGCGGCUCUGCGCGGACUACUCUGCCCGUCCGGAUGGCCGUGGUGACCCACGGGUCGCUGACAAAGGCAAAGGCAAAGGCAGGGACCGCCCUUUAGGCCGCAAGGCGUUCAAGGAUUUACAGCGCCAGUGGCUUCAGCGUCCGGAGGAUCCGCGGAUGUCGCUGGUGUUGGCAUGCUGCACGCUGGCAACGGGCGUGGUGACCCGUGGGUCGGCGGGGCAGCAUGAGGUGAUCGCAUUGAUGACGGGUCGCUGGAUGAAGCACGGCGGCUGUGGCGUAUUAACGCUCACUCGAGACAUGGCGGCUCAGGCGAUCGACGCCUGCCUGCGGGCCGGCAUGAUCCAGCUCGCCCCCCGACCCGGGCCGCACUUCGCGCCCAGGUACUCCGUAGACCCAGCCGCGGCUGCUGCGACCAGGAGCCCGCAGGAAUCCUUCCCUAGAGCCCUAACGGCGCAAGUGGAAGCGCUGCUGUCAGGCCGCAGCCACCCCGACAACUACGGCAGCGGCAGCAGCAGCGACCGGCAUGGUGGUACCGCGACUCCGCAACUGCCGAGGGGGCUCUUACACCUCGCCCAGCAAUGUGUCGCAGCUCUACAGCAUCCCGAUUCCGGCGCCAGCCCAGAUGAGGUCCUGGCCAUGCUGAAGGACCUGGGCCCCCCGCCCCUGCGAGCAGCCAUGCUGUGCCGGCCACCCAACUCUGCAUGCGUCCAGCUAGCAAAGGACGGCGUGCUGCAGGUGUGGAGGUGCCCGCAAGCGGCUGCAAGGUACAAGCUGGCGCGCUUGCCUGGUUUGGAUCUGGCAGGGCAGGCCUUUCGCUCCCUGGCAGCCAUGGAGCCCUAUGACGAGGCGCGGUUUGGUCCUGCCACGGCGGAGGGCGUGGCCGCUUUCUGGACGGUCGAUAGCAGCAACAACAACGGCGGUGGUGGCGGUGGCGGCGGUGGUGGUCCCGUACCCAGGGCGGACCUUAGCACUCCCGCCUUCGAGGUUGACGGCGGCGAGGCUGCCGCUGUCCUAGGACACAAGAGAGCGCGCCCAGAGGAGGACCCCGCACAGCUGUUAGAUCCGCAACCUGACUCCUCAUUGCCCGGUGCCGCACCCCUGUACGGCCGUCCCUGGACCCUUCCCAUGGCGCCCCAUGCAAUGCCGCAUGCUGCUGGCGCCGCCGGCAGCUCCCGACAAUAC